AUGGCCUUAUUUCAGACGAUUCGUAACGAUGUUGGAAAGUUAUGCUAUAACUACCCAGGCACAAUCCUCUUGCCAAUGAAGGAGAAAAAAGCUAAGGAGGAAGAAUAUCCUGUCAACGAAACAUCCUGCUCUUCGAAGUUAGACCCUAAAGAAUACUUGAAGCGGAUUGAAAAAUGCCGUUACAGUCGAGUAAGAAGGCGAUUUGCUGUUCCGGUCAUCCUGAUCGACGGAAAAUUAGUUUGCCGAUCUGCGACACUCAGCAACCCACUUUCUUCUGUUUCGGAGAAUAUUAAACAACAACCAGACCCAAAAGCUGAAGUCAUUCAUGAAGAUAACUAUGCCAUGGCCGUGGAGAUGGUCAAGAACGCUGCAACCCAGGUCGUGCAGGUAGCAUCGAAUAUUGCUGAAUCCACGAGUACACUUUUGUUUCCAGAGACUUUGGAGGAAAUGCACUGUCACGACAGAGAACUCCUGCAAUAUUUGGAUAUUGACUUUAUUUUUGACCUCAUGGUAGAAAAGGAAAAAGUGUGCUUCGUCAAGGUCUCUUCUUCCGAAAAAGUAAAGAUGGAAUUUUACGAAGGCUUCAUUAUAACUCAAAUUCCAUACCCGGGUUGCGAAUUCUUCGAAGAAUAUCAUCGAAACGGCAGAAAUCCUGAAGGUCUGAAAUUUGAUUGGGAGGACCCUAGCGUAACUGAAGAAUGUAAAGUACCUGCAAGCUUCAUUAAGUAUCUUCGGGAGACUGACUAUAGCCAGUAUAAGGACUGGGAUCUCGUUAAGAUAACCCAAGAAUACCUCUUUCUUCAGCUAGUAGUCAUUACAUCAGGUAGCCAUAACGCCCUAGUUCACUGCAUCUCAGGUUGGGAUCGUACAGCCUUGUUCACAUGUCUUCUCCGGUUGUCUCUUUGGGCCGACCACUGGAUCCACGACGAACUAACUCCCUUGCAAAUGGCGUACCUAACCGUUGGGUACGAUUGGUAUGUUUUCGGGCAUAAUUUGCCGGUACGCCUUCGUAAGAAGGAAGAGGUUAUGCACUUCUGUUUCAAGUUCCUCGGUUAUAUUGCUUCAGAUAACUUUUCGAUGACAAAGCACUGGAGCGAGCUACCUGAAGAUUUGAAAUUAGACCGAAAAUUUCCAGUAUUCAUUGCUGGCGACCGCAGGAAGAGACUGGAGGAAGUCCAAGAAAUCGUGCUGCGUUUGUACGAUGUCAACAUUAUGACGACUAAUGUUCCCAUUUCUACUGAUGCGUCACGUAUUUAGAUUUUAAGAUUCAUGACAUCAUAUUAUACAUGACGUGGAAUGUAGAAUUCGGAAGAUGAAUGCAUUUUAGAUAUUUAAUUUUGUAUUUUAACUGGUUUUAUACUGAAAAUGUAAAUUUUAAAUCUUUACUUUUCCACAAGCUAAUUUAUACUAAAUAUUGUUGACUUUUUAAUGUUUUAUAAUAAAUUGGCAACAAUAAAGUCAU